GCUGUCAGUCAGACAAAGACAGUCAGUCAGUCAGUCAGGGCGAGUCUUCCUCACAACAUCACAUAAAAUAUCAUUUUCAUCGCCUGACAGAGCGCAUUAAAUGAUCUGCUGCGUUGAGAUUUUGCGUGUUUUCCUCAUUCCAGAAUGUCUCACUACACAGAUGAGCCACGCUUCACCAUCGAACAGAUUGACCUGCUCCAGAGACUGCGGCGUACAGGUAUGACCAAACCCGAGAUCGUGCACGCGCUGGACACCCUGGAGCGACUCGACCGCGAACACGGGGACAAGUUCGGCCGGCGCGGCCCCUCUGACUCCAAUGCCACCAACAGCACCACCUCCAGCACUACACCCACCUCAAACAACACUAGCAAUGCCACCAUGGCGACCUCCUCCACCACUUCCACAGCGACGCAAACGCAGUUCCACGGUAAUUUAUCGCCGUCGCCUAGCAACAGUUACGCCACGUCUCCACCCGCCGUCUUACCCUCGCCGGUCUCUCUGGUCGCCAUGGCACAAAACGGGCGGGAUGCUCUGGCGGCAACGCCCAAUGGGAAACUGUCGCCAAACCGUUAUCCGGUGAACAGCGCGGCAGCCACCAGGUCAUACGGGCUGGAGGGGUCAGAGGAGGACCUGGAUAUAGACGACAAGGUGGAGGAGCUCAUGAGGCGGGACAGCACCCUGGUGAAGGAGGAAAUCAAAGCCUUUCUGGGCAACAGACGCAUUUCACAGGCCGUGGUGGCUCAGGUCACAGGCAUCAGUCAGAGCAGAAUCUCUCAUUGGCUCCUCCAGCAAGGCUCAGAUCUCAGCGAACAGAAGAAACGAGCUUUCUAUCGCUGGUACCAACUGGAGAAGACAACACCAGGUGCCACAUUAAAUAUGCGCCCCACUCCUGUAUCAUUGGAUGAGAUGGAGUGGCGUCAGACCCCGCCUCCCAUAAGCUCCGCCCCUGGAAGCUUCCGCCUGCGCAGAGGCAGUCGAUUCACCUGGAGGAAGGAAUGUCUCGCUGUGAUGGAGAGUUAUUUCAGUGAUAAUCAAUAUCCAGAUGAAGCCAAACGAGAGGAAAUCGCCAACGCCUGCAAUGCUGUUAUUCAGAAACCAGGAAAGAAGUUGUCUGACUUGGAAAGAGUCACAUCAUUGAAAGUCUACAACUGGUUUGCCAACCGACGCAAAGAAAUCAAGAGGAGGGCCAAUAUUGGGUCUUUUUUCCAAGAAGCCACAAUCUUGGAGAGUCACGGGAUAGAUGUGCAGAGUCCUGGAGGACACUCCAACAGCGACGACGUUGACGCUAAUGACUACAACGAGCAGGGUUGUGAGGUUACCUAUUUUGAAAAGAGAGGCGUGAACAGACCCUUUGGUUACUACCGUCUGGAGCCCACCUCACCAACACAGGAUGAUGCCGGCAAUCACGCAGACCACCAGGACCCCAUCUCCCUUGCUGUGGAGAUGGCAGCUGUCAAUCACAGCAUCCUCGCCCUAUCCCGUCCGGGAGGCGUGGCCAAUGAAAUCAAGACAGAGUCACUGGAUGACGACUGAGGGAGACUGCAGGACAAACAGGAUCAAUGAGUGCGUGUGUAGACGUCUGCAGACGUGUUCAUGGAGCAAUGACCAAAUCAACGCUCUGUCUCAAGCUUUUAGAAUCUAAUAUCGCCUGCCAUCGACACUCCUGCUGAACCACUAAACAAAUCCAGAGUCAACGACACACCCUCUCGACAGGAACUGACAAGUGGAAGGUCGCUCCACGACGUUCGGCCACGACGUUAAACCUCUCAAACCCUUGCUGACCCAAACCUCGUACCUCAUUCCAGUUCCAGUAACUCGUAUAAUGUUAGUUGUGCUUCCUGUCUGUGCGCUCCAGUGACCCUCAUUUCCUCAUUCUCACAGAUAAGCUAAAGACAGACAGGUAAGGAGACAGGUGAGUCUGAUAGCAAAACAUGCAGAGAUGUUUUCAGACGGCAAAGCUGUGGUUUAUUUCUGCUCUGGACUCAAGAUUUCCCCCAUUCCCACUACAGAUGCUCUUAGUUAACUAACGUUUCUGGUUUACUUUCGUACGGUAUUUCAUCAAACACCAAUUAGAUGAAUCUCACGGAAAUGGUCAAGAAUACAUUUUACCACAAAACGAGAGGGAAAUAUAUUUUGCAUAAAAUAAAUAUUUUGGGGACUGUUAAGACUUUUUUUGCAGCACAUUUUCCUCUCAAAAAAUGCUUAAAAUAAAUAUUUAAAUUGUAAAACAUUUAUGAUAUUUGAUGUACCUCCUGUUUGCUAAUAUAAAAAAAAAAAAAAAAAAAAACGUAAACAAUUUUGGGGGAAAAUGUGAGUAAUUGCCAUGGAAAAUGCAAAAUAUAAUUUCUUAUUUUUCCAUUUAACCAGGAUGCUUUUUGUGAGAUUCACUCAAUUGCAUUAUACUGUACUUUGAUUUUAAUCUUUGAAUUAUAAACGUAGUGAAACUUGAAAGAUGUGGUUACGUAACCGCCAAAGCGCGAGUUAUCGUGCGCAAAAGCUCAAGUCUCCUGGACUCUAAAUGAACCUGCGAAAAGAGACUUCAGUCGGCAGACAGCAAGCUUUCUUUAUUUUAAACCGUUAAAUAUCCAGCAUUACCCAAAGUGAAUUCGCAUUAAAGCGCUAUUCUUAUGUUUGUAUUUAUUAAUCUUUUACGUCUUUAAUUUACGUGCAAAGAUUCACACAAGAGUCCAAACCGAAGCAUCUGCUCUCGUUGUGCUUCGAACUAAAUACGUCAACGUGAAAUAUCAUUCCACUAAAAGUUGACAGCAGUCAGAAUUAUGACAUGUGCGAACUCCCACAAAGCUUUAUUAUUAUUUUAUUACUGUGAAAUGACAUCAGAAUUUCACAGCGUUAAUCGUUCACAAGAGACUGACUGAUAAAUGUUUGUUCUGCUGCCACAGAGAGUCUGAACUCUCAUCUAACAUAAGCUUGGUUCCAAAAUGUAGCCUAUUUUAUUCAAAAACGUUCUAAAAGAACUUUAUUCACUUUUUGGGCUUCGUUCAUUUUAAGGAGCAGAACGAAUCAUUCGUAGAUCCAUUCUUACAUAAAUGAUCAUCAACUCAAUGCAACGCUUACAUAAAGCAACAAAUUACAUAAGAAUGGUUUUACACACAGCUAAGAGAAAUUGGUUCCGCCCGUGUCAUGAACGAAGCCCAGCUUUUCUAUGUAUCCUUCCUCUAUCUUCCUGUGUACAAUUGAUAUUUAUGAAAUGACAAUUUUUUUGUUUAAUAAGAAUUCAAGAUUCUUUUUUAUUUGGUUGUUUUACACCGUUUUUAUGUUCAGAGCAGUCUCCUGAAGCGUCAAGCACCCCCUUCACUCAAGAAACUCACUACUUCAUUUGCCACAUUUUUGUAUUAGAAGUUUGUUACAUUUAAACAUUGCAGCCAUACACAACAAAAGGUCAUUUUUCUAAUGCUGUAAUGUUCAAAUGUGCUUUUACAAACCACGUUUGUGUCAUUAAAGCCUCAUGACAGAAUGUGCCAAACUGCAGUAUGACGUCAAGUAUUGACAUUUACAUGAUCUCACAGUGACAUACAGGUCCUACGAAUGACUGUUCUGUUGCCUCAAGUGUUUUAUUUCCUGACGAAGGGUAGCCCUGCUGGUUUAAAGGGGGUGCUUUCCAUUUAGUUCCUCAGAGUGCAUUUUCAUACGUCUAUAAACAAAAAAAAAAUCUAUAGGCUUAUAAAAGCAACUGUAUAAAUAAACAGAAAAGACAGUAACUAUGAAUUUAAAGAUUGUUUGAAUCAAAUAAUUCUAUGAUUUCAAAGCAUUCUGUUGUGAAUCAUCUGUAUCUCCCAUUUAAGAAUUUAGUGCCUUUUUUGGACAGUAGACUGUUCUGUAAGUAUACUAUAGUAUAUAUGAACUUUUUGUACAGUUUCUUUGUUUAAAAUGACUUUUUUUUAAAACUUGUGUUUAUUUUAGUACUUUAUCUUCUGGAAAAUAAAGGUAUAUUGAUGAUCAA